AUGACUCAAGAUAGUAAGAUCAUUAAUACUAGAAAACUUUGUCUAUCUACCACUAUGUUAGAUAGUGAAAAACCAAUAGUCUAUUCAUUAACUAGUGAAAAUAAUUCAUAUAGAGGUUAUAACGUAGGAACUGGGUCGUGCCACAUAAAAAAAUAUUGUGUUACAGUGUCUCAAUCUCAAGGCUUUAUGUGGAAUCAAGACCUUUUUGCUAAUCAAUAUCAACAAAACUAUAGGGUUGAAUAUGAUUCCCUAGCAAAAGAAAACUCGGAUGUUAUGGGUGAUGAUAAGCGAUUAAGAGAUGAUAAAAGUAUGUAUUUUUAUAGAUGUGAGAGAGUUAGACGUAAAUCUGAGAAUUGUAUAAGUCUCACAUAUGAAUCACAAAAUGGAACUACAUUGACUACUAUAGUAGAUGAAAUAGAAAUUGAUUCAGAUACACCAGAAAAUAUAUAUAUCAGGUCAUUAGUACAAUGA